AUGCCCCGCGCCCCAGUAAUUUGCGUUUCUCACGGCGGAGGUCCGCUUCCCGUCCUCGGUGAUCCCAAUCACAAGGACAUUGUAGAGUCUCUGACGAAGCGGGUUCCCAAGGUUCUAGGCUUGGGCACGCCUCGGGCACCCCGCGCCAUUGUCGUCGUUACUGCCCAUUGGCAGGAGGAUCAUCCGUCUGUCUCCUCGGGCGCUAAACAUAGGCUCUAUUAUGAUUACUACAACUUUCCUAAGGCGUCGUAUAGCCUGAAGUAUGAUGCGCCGGGCUCUCCAGAGAUAGCGGCCGAGGUUGGGAGGGCGUUUGAGGCUGAAGGGUUGCAACCGGAGUUGAACCCCGAAAGAGGUUGGGAUCAUGGCGUCUUCAUCCCCUUUCUACUCAUCAACCCCGCCGCGGACAUCCCCAUCAUCCAAGUCUCCAUCCUAGCCGCCCAAGACCCCCCAUCCCACUUCCGCAUGGGCGCCGCCCUCUCCCACCUCCGCGCCUCCAACAUCGCCAUCGUCGGCUCCGGCUUCGCCUCCUUCCACAACCUCGGCAUCCUGCGCUACCUACGCGCCGGAGGCACCGCCGCCCACGGCGCCUUCAAGACCCGCUCCGACGAGUGGAACGCCGCGCUCUCCGACGCUGUGGGGAGCACCACGCGCACGGAGAGGUUGAGGAAGCUGGAGCGCUGGAGGGAGCUGCCGAAUAGUUUCGAAAUGCAUCCACCGGGUGGUGCGGAUCAUUUUAUGCCGCUUUUGGUUUGUGCGGGCGCUGUGGGGGAUGAGGAAGUGAGGUCGUAUAGGGAUGAGUGGAUGGGGAUUGAUAUCUGGACGUAUUUUUGGGGUGCGGACCCGGUUGAGUAG